AUGUUAUCAUGUAAUGUAGAGUCUCGACUUAUAGAUGGUAGUGAUAAUAAUUCAAAAGAUCCGGAUUCUGGUACUCCAAAUCAAAAUUUUCAUCAGAAAUAUCCACCUGAACCUUUUUUUGGCCCAGAUGGAGAUUCAAUGAUAAAAACCCCUUCUGAUGUUGUUGAUAUUGACCCAAAACAACCAGUACCCAAGUGUAUUGAUCCAUUACCAGCUGAUACUUAUCCAAUGCCAAGAUGCAUUUCUAAUAUUAUAACUAAUUAUCAUUUAGAUCAAUUUGAUAUUAAAAAGACAAUGAGUUAUCGAUCUAAAAGACAAACUAAAAGCAAAGUUCCAUCAGAUCAUAAACUGUAUAUACCAUAUGAUGAUGCAACAUAUAAUCCAGCAACAUCAUUACCAGGUCAAUUAAGUAAUUUGAAGUCACUUGCUUUUAAUCGAUCAAAUUUUCUUCCUCCUACUACACAAAAACCCAAACGUACUGGUUACAAUACUGUAACUCCUUUCCUGGACUUGGGUACUAUUUAUGGUACCACUGCUGAAGAUGCAAAAAAUCGUCGUGAGGGUAAUAGAGGAAAAUUAAAGACCAAUGGAGAUGUGGCUAAUCCUUACCCAUAUGAGGAUUCAUUUGUAGGAAAUAUUUUUAUAAUUGCUAUUCAGACUAUUUGGUUACGUGAACACAAUAGAUUAUGUGAUCAGUUUUAUGAAAUAAAUGGUGAUGCAUGGAGUGAUGAUGAAUAUUUUGAAGAGGCUAGGAAAUGGAACAUUGCAUUCUAUCAAAAGGUUGUUACAGAAGAAUAUCUUGGUGUUGUAAUGGGUAGACCACUGCCACCAUAUCAAAAAUAUGAUCCAGAUCUAACUCCAGGGAUUGAUGUUUUCUUUGCAACAAUAACAUUCAGGUAUGGUCACAGUGAGCUGAGUGAUUUUUAUCGAAUUCAAGAUGAAUAUGGUGAUACAGUUGUGGAAUUAUCAUUACAAGAUACUUUUAAUAAAAGUUUGUUGGAAGAAUAUGGUGCAGCAAAUUUGUUGAGAUCAAUGUCUUUGCAACGUCAAGAAGAUGUUGAUAUACAUUAUUCUGAUGCAUCAAGAAAUGUUAAUGCACCUGAUCCAACUGAUCUUGUAGCAAUUGAUGUUUUAAGAGCUAGAGAUAGAGGAAUUGCAUUAUACAAUGAUGUUCGUCAGGCAUAUGGUUUAGAAAAAAAAGGUUCAUGGGCAGAUAUAACUUCAGUUAAAGAAACACAAGAUUAUCUACAACAAUUAUAUCCUAAUGGAACUAAUCAAUUAGAAGCUUUGGUUGGAGCAAUGGCUGAAGAUCAUUUGAAUGGAUCAAAUUUUGGUGAACUAAUGAACACUAGCAUGAUCACUCAGAACAACUUGUUUACUGAUGAAGACAGAGUUACACUUAGAAAUACAACAUUUAGAGACAUUAUUAUACGUAAUUUGGAUGAUAUUUCUCGUCCAGCAAUUCCACCAAAUAUUUGGUCAGUUCAACCAACACAAAAAUUGUCUCAGUCAUCAAAAUAUCUUAAUCGUAUUGCUUUAUGGCCAACUUCAUAUGUUGUUAGUUAUGACAUUGUUGAAAAAAAUAUUAAUUUCCAAGUUCAAAUUCUGACUACAGAUGGUAAUGCAUGGUUUGGAAUGGGAUUUGAUCCUGAUGAUACUGGAAUGACUGGAGCAGAUUUUGUAAUUGGAAUUAUUUCAAAUGGAAAUGUAUCUCUAUCAAACUAUCGAUCUGCUCCAACUGGUUACAACCCUCCUAUAAAAGAUGAUGACCAUUCAGAUUUAACAAUAAUUAAUGAUCCACCUCCCAUUGUAAAUAAUUUUGCAACUAUUGAAUUCUCAAGACCUUUGGUACCUAAUGGAAGAAAAGGGAUUAGAAAUGGACCUAUGAAAUAUGUUUUGGCUUAUAACCCAGGAAGUUCAGUACUUUCAUAUCAUCAAAAUAAUCGUCAAAUGACACUAUAUGAUUUUUAUAAUAAUAAAUUUUCACCAUCCAUAUCUAAUGGUCAAAGAUUAGCAAAAUUAGCUCAUGGACUUGGAAUGUUCUUAACUUGGUGGUAUGAUAUUGAUAUUAAAUACAUAUAUUACAAACACACCAAUAAUUACAUCAAGAUACAUCGAUUUAUACAAUUGCUUGGUGGUAUUUGUAUUUGUGGUUUUGGUGCAGCAGCUUUGGCAACAAUUAGUCCAAUAACAAAUCAUUCAUUGGUAGGACUGACAAUAUAUAGUUUGUUAUUUAUUGAACUUGGAUUAGGUCUAAUAUCAAUUUGGGGUCAAGUAGCAAUAGUGUCAGUUAAUCAAGGGUACCCUAGAUUUCUUAAAAGAAUUCACAGGUUUUUUGGAAUAUCUUUAUUAAUGUGUGCAUGGGCAAAUGUAUAUUUGGGAAUUGAGACAUAUUGUUUAUCUUAUGGAUUUGAAUCAUUAUAUUAUAGGAUUGCAUAUCUUAUAUGGAUUAGUAUAGUAAUAUUAACAUUUAUGUUUGAAGAUCUUGAUAAAUUGCCAGAAUUUACAUGGAGAGAAGUUAAUGAACGUGUUCAACGUGGAGCAUAUUUAGUAGUUUGUGAUGGAUUUGUUGUUAGUAUGAGAAAAUGGAUUAAAGUACAUCCUGGUGGAGCAAAAAUCCUUGAACGUGUCAUAGGAACAGAUAUAACAAAUGAUUUUUUUGGUUAUAAAGGUGAUGAGAUUAUUGAACAGAUUAUUGUGCCAGAAAUAAAAACUGUUCCAACUGGCAUGUCAACAUCAAUUUUAGGGCAAUAUACAAAUAUUUUACAUGAGAGAAUCAAAAAAUACACAACUCAAAGAAAUUCUCUUGCACAAAUUGUUGAUGACAUGAAUGUUAAGUAUUUCUUAAAGGCACCUUUGGCUAUACACCCACAUAGUCUAUUUGCAAUUAAGAAAAUAGCAAGAAUGAUUGUGGCAAAAUUAAAAGAAAACCCAAAUGUUGUUGAAUCACCAACUGCACCAAUAUUUGGACCAAAAAUUUUAAGUAUUAAUAAUGAAGAAGGGGGAUUAAGUGAUGAGGAAAUUGCUAAACAAGAUACGGUAUUUAGAAUAAAGUUCCGCAGAUACAAAUUGACAAGCAAAGCACCUAUCAAUGGCAGACAUUAUAUUGAAGUGCAAUCAAGAAUUAAAGGACAAGUAGUAAUUAGAAGUUAUACACCAAUAGAAGGCAAUAUUGCUCAAAGUUUUAGUAUUUUUGUUAAAGUGUAUCCAGAUGGAUUAAUGUCACGACAUUUGAAUGAACAAUUAAAAGGAUACGAGAUUCAAGUAAGAGGGCCAUUUGAUGUUGGAGAUAGAGAAAUUUUUCAAUCACCAUUAUUAUCUCAGACUGUUGAUGCAACAUCACAAUAUAGAAGAUCAAGUAUAUAUGCAAAAAGCAUCCCACCAUUCAUAUCUUCAUCAACAAGUUCUUUACUUAAUCCUAAUACUCGUGAUGGUCAUUGGAAAGAAUUAUACAUGAUUUGUGGUGGUACUGGAAUUACACCAAUGUUACAAUUGAUAACAUACCAUUUGGAAUUGUGUAUGAGACGUAGUCAUACAUCAACAAUGCGUAAUAAACGAGUAUCAAUGCAUUUGUUAUAUGGUAAUCAUAAAAUAGAGGAUAUAAUUAAUGGUGUAGAACUAGAAGAGUAUCGAUUAAGUAGUAGGGGUAUGCUAACUAUAACAUAUGCACUAAAUGAACCAACUCAAGUUUGGACAGGGGAAAAUGGUGAUAUUGAUCAAAAAAUGAUUUCAGAUUGGUUAAUUAGUACAAGUCCACUACAGUUUAAUAACACAAAUACAACAAAUUCGUCAAUUAGUAAAAGUCCACCACAACUUCAUAAUCCUUUAUUGUAUGAUGAUAAUAACAAUAAUUCACCACCAAUAAUACCACUGCAUACAAAACCUCGUAAACCAUCACUGCCACCAAUUAUAGUGAAUAAUAAUGAUCAGAAUACUUCUUACAGAUCAUCAAUUAAUCCUGAAAGUGCUUUAAGUCCAAAUUAUCAACAUUAUAGAACACCAUUAUUAUCAUCACCGCCACCACAACGAAACCUAAACUUAAUCAUAACAGGAAAACCUUAUUAUAAUUACAAUAAAAUAACAUAUUGUAACUAA